UUGGCAGAGCAAAGCAGAUGGACCCGGCUGUGAUUGCUGCCAUCGUAUCUAGAGAGUCCAGAGCUGGAGCCGUUCUGAAGGAUGGGUGAGGCGACCAUGGCAAUGGCUUUGGCCUCAUGCAGGUUGACAAACGCUACCACGCUCCAACAGGUACAUGGGACAGUGAGCAGCAUGUCACACAAGCUACUGAGAUACUCAUUGGCUUUAUUAAAGAAGUUAAAGGAAAAUUUCCCAAGUGGACACAAGAGCAAUGCUUUAAAGGGGCAAUAUCAGCCUACAACGCAGGUGUGAAGAACGUCCAAACAUAUGAGCGCAUGGACAUCGGCACCACAGGAGAUGAUUACGCCAAUGAUGUCGUCGCCAGAGCUCAGUGGUUCAAAAGCAAGUGUUACUGA